AUGGAGGAAGACGAUGACGCACCUGAUUGGGCGUUACCACCAUUACUCCUAACUUCGUCCAACUUCUCUCCGGUCCGAACCAUCGGGACCCCUCCGUGGGAGAACGAGCCACCGCAGGAGACAUUCGGGGCGGACGAAGACGAGGAGUCGGAUAAGCGGGAACCGCUGCUCCUCUUCAUACCACUUCUCGAUCCCCUAGACCUCGAGAUCGUGGGCCUACCGUGA